UCAGAGCGUUCAACAGGAUCAAUUAUCUUUUGCCUGUGCCCAUGGACGCCGAAAAAUCUCCAGCUGAAACUGUCCUCAUUACAGGAGGAGGAGGUUAUUUCGGUUUCUGACUAGGCUGUGCUCUGAACCAGCAGGGAGUCCAUGUGAUUCUGUUUGACAUCAACAGCCCUGCUGAAACCAUUCCAGAAGGAAUCAAGUUUGCACGGGGAGACAUCCGCCACCUCUCUGACGUAGAGAAUGCCUUCCAGGAUGCGAACGUCACUUGUGUGUUCCAUAUUGCCUCUUACGGCAUGUCAGGAAGGGAGCAACUCAAUGGAAACCUGAUCGAAGAAGUCAAUGUGGGGGGCACAGAUAAUGUCCUCCAGGCCUGUCGGAGGAGAGGGGUGCCCAGGUUAGUUUACACCAGCACUUUCAAUGUCAUCUUUGGAGGUCAAGUUAUCAGAAACGGGGAUGAAUCUCUGCCUUACCUACCUCUUCACCUCCACCCCGAUCACUACUCUCGGACCAAAUCUAUUGCGGAAAGGAAGGUGCUGGAGGCAAAUGGUACGCUCCUGGAAACAGGUGAUGGUGUCUUAAGAACCUGUGCUCUGAGGCCAGCUGGCAUCUAUGGGCCUGGAGAACGAAGGCACCUUCCCAGGAUAGUGAGCUACAUUGAGAGGGGGCUGUUCAAGUUUGUGUACGGGGAUCCCGGGAGCCUGGUGGAGUUUGUCCAUGUGGAUAACUUGGUGCAGGCUCACAUCCUGGCUUCAGAGGCCCUGAAAGCUGACAAGGGCUAUAUUGCCUCUGGGCAGCCCUACUUCAUCUCAGAUGGCAGACCAGUGAACAACUUCGAGUUCUUCCGGCCUCUGGUCGAGGGCUUGGGCUACACAUUCCCAUCCACCCGCCUGCCCCUAUACCUCAUCUACUGCUUUGCUUUCCUAACAGAGAUGGCCCACUUCCUUCUGGGUCGACUCUACAACUUCCAGCCCUUCCUCACCCGCACUGAAGUUUAUAAAACUGGUGUCACACAUUAUUUUAGCUUAGAGAAAGCCAAGAAAGAGCUAGGUUAUGAGGCUCAGCCCUUUGACCUCCAGGAAGUAGUAGAAUGGUUUAAAGCCCACGGUCACGGGAGAAGUCCUGGAAGUCAUGGCUCAGAGUAUCAUGUUUGGAGAGGGCUGUUGGUCUUCUUCUUGGUUAUAGCAGUUCUCACCUGGCUGCUGCCUUCUGUGAUUCUGUUGCUGUGAAGGAGGGCCUGGAAAUAAAGAGCUGGUCCCGCUUGCUGAGAUGGUUUUCAAGAAACAUGGGUUUUAAAAUCUAUACUGUGCUAUUAUAUCUGGUACCAAACUUUGGCUCUUAAAAUUGCUACUUAAGAAACGUAGAUUAAAUCUUUCUCACUUCCUUGCACUAAUCCUGAUGGCAGAAUAAAAGAAGCAAAGUUUGAAA